AGGCAAAUCACAUCAAUCAUAAAUUACAAACAAACCCAAACAAAUAAAAAAUCAAAGGUUGUAGAGAUAAAAUGGCAGCACCUGUAGUUAUCUGUUUAAAAUCAGAUUAUAACAACAAAUAUCUGCGGUAUCGUUAUGAAGAUGUUCAAACACAUGGCCUUCUCCAAUUUGCUGCAGAUAAGGUUAUGGAUCCAUAUGCUCAAUUUGAGGUGGAGAAUUCCAAGACUUAUAAUGGUCUUGUCCAUCUUAAGUGUCGCUACAAUAACAAGUAUCUGGUUAGGUGGUCCCCAAAUCAUUAUUGGAUUACUGCAUCAGCUAACAAAAUUGACGAAAACAAAACCAAUUGGACUUGCACAUUGUUCAAUCCUAGUUACAUUGGUGAUCGUGAAAGCCAAAAAAUGCGACUAUUACAUGUCCAACUUGGUCAAUAUGCAUGUUUGUGGAGGAUUGGUGCCCCAUUUGACUCCUGCUUAUUUGCUGGAUCAAAGGAAAUUGAUCAAGACUCGUGUGAUGUUAUCACCCUUGUAUAUAGCGAAUCAUUGUAUAAAAUUCCCAAACAAGUGGCAUUUAAAGCUACUAAUGGCAAAUAUUUAGGCGUAUUUAUGAAAAAUGGGAUUGCAUAUCUACAAUUUUCAUAUACCAAUAUUAAGGAUCCAAUGGUAGCAAAUGAGGCUUCUAUAACUCCUGAUGGCAUACUUUGCAUAAAAUCAAAUCAUCUUGGGAAAUUUUGGAGGCUUGGAAAUGAUGAUUGGGUUGUGGUAGACGCAGAGGAUCCUCGUGGUACUGGUAAUGCUGCUGCAAUGUUUAGGCCUACUGUGCUUGACAUUAAUCGCAUUGCUCUCCUAAACAUGUCAAAAACUUGGUUUUGUAAGAGAUUUACUCACAAUGGUUUUGAAAGUUGUGUGAAUGCUGCAACUCAAAAUGUCGAUCAACAUGCAACAUGGGAGGUGAUAGACUUGGGAUCUGUGUGACUAUGUCCAAUCAAUGAGUGAAGUUCCAUUCAGUUCAACAAUGUGUUGUGACUUCAAGUGUGCUUACAAUGUUUUUUUUUCCUUUUUGCUUUAUAAUAUAUUUGCAAUUAGGGGAAUAAUUUGUUACAAGAUAAUAGAUAUGUUAAAAUGUAACUUUUUAUUUUAUAAGUGGUUAAUAAUUAAGUGAUAGGCUAAA